GAAUGGUAUUAUUUAAAAACACUCCAGAAAAAUUAGUUAUCAAUACGGUUCUAAACGCAGAGAAAGUUGGGGAAAAAAGUUAUUGAAUAUUAUGUUAAUAGCAGUCAACAGGUUACCAUGAGUUACACUUACAUUGUUGCUUGCGCAGGUAACUUAAUCAGCUUCUCGAUUGGAACGUCUAUGACCUGGACUUCUCCAGAAAUAGACAAGCUCAAAAAUGACACGUCUAUCAACAUGACAGAUGAGGAAGGAUCGUGGGUGUCCUCUCUUUUACAAUUAGGAGCUGUAUUCGGACCUGUGCUUUACGGAUUUUUGGCAGAUGCAGUAGGAAGAAGAUAUUCAGUGUUCUCUCUUGGCAUACCUAUCAUAGUAUGCAAUCUAUUGAUGGCUUUCGUCAAAUGCCUACCAGUUUUUUAUAUAUCAAGAUUCGUAAUAGGUUUAACGGUGGGUGGAGUUUUUGCAGUGGUUCCGGUGUAUCUUGCUGAAAUAGGAGAUGCCACAAAUAGAGGGCUACUAUCAAGUCUCUUGAACGUUUUUCUGUGCUGUGGAAUGUUAUUCACUUACGUCCUCGGUCCCUACGUCAGUAUAUUAGUCUUCAAUCUGAUAUUAGCUAUAUUCCCAACCGCGUUCACCGUAGCUUUCUUUUUCCUAGCACCAGAAACUCCCACAUACCUCUUCAAGUCUGGAAAAUCUGAGAUGGCCCGACAGAUUCUACAGAAAUUGCGAGGACCACGUGCCAAUAUAGACGAAGAAUUAUCAGCAAUAGAACAAACUUUGAAGGAAGAAAGUAGUGGCAGUUUCCUGGAUAUAUUCAGAUCCAAGGGAACUUUGAAAGCGUUUUGUAUGGCAGUCGGACUUGUCACGAUCCAACAAUUCACCGGUAUCAAUGCAGUCUUAUCCUACGCACAAACAAUAUUCAAGUACGCAGGAUCAUCACUCGAACCAGAAAUUAGUUCCAUUAUUUUAGGAGCAGUGCAGUUAUUGUCAAGUUUCAUUACUCCGACACUAGUGGACAGAUUUGGAAGAAAGAUUCUUUUGUUGGUUUCUGUUGCUGGACUAGUUAUCGCAGAGGUACCUUUAGGAGUUUACGUCUACCUGAAAGUGCACGGGACAGACCUAGACUCCAUAUCAUUUCUGCCGAUUAUCUGUAUGAUAGCUUUCAUCCUUUUCUAUACUUUCGGCAUAGGCCCGUUGCCGUGGACUGUAGCCAGUGAGUUAUUCCCGAAUAACAUCAAAUCAAAAGCCGUCUCUCUCACAUCUGUUAUAUGUUGGGUUUUGGCCUUUCUUAUCGUGAAAUUUUUCCAAUCAGUGGCGGAUAGUAUUGGGAUGGGCGUAUCUUUUCUGAUUUUGGCCGGAAUCUGUGCAGUUUCGAUAGCUUUUAUACAAUUCUUUGUUAUCGAAACGGGUGGAAAAACCUUCGGGCAGAUACAAAAAGAGCUCAAUGGAUAAGGGACUUAGUUUUAAGAAUUAUAGUAAUUUGGGCAGGAUUACUUGAUCUGGAUCUGACAUAUCCGAAUAGAUUCGUUACUCUAGAGAAGUUCAAGGUUCCAACACAUAGAUUUCUGAGAUUCGGGCGAGUGAUGGUGGAAAAUUUCACUCACACAAGCAAGAAGAAAAACUACUGGUCCAUAACUUAAAAGAUUAAAGUUAGAUUUUCGAAAAAGUCCUGUUAACCGUAUUUGAACGAUCGUGUAUAGAAACUUCAAAUACACCUGUGAGCUAAGUGAUUGAUAAUAAUAAUGAGUCAUGUUCCGAAGAAAUAUAUAUAGACACGAUUGAGAAAAAUACAUUCAUAAAAUGAUAAAUAACAAAACACAGAAAGUCAAGUGAUCAAUGUACUUUAUACUGAGUACAUUAACCUCUCAUUAUUCUUGAGUGAAUCGAGCACACUCAUUUCCAGGUACCAUUAAAAGUACAAAAACACAUUACAUAUCGAUAUACUAUAUUAGUUGAAGAGGACAUAAUGGAAUCGAACAAAAUAAUGAAUCAAAAUGAUUCAAUUCUCCAUGCCCAAUACAUUUUUUAUCGAAAAUAUGUUUUCAUCUGUUUUUUGAAGCUACACACAUGUUUUCAAAUUUGGGAAUUAAAAAUUUGUUGAACUUCUAAACCAUCUUUUAAAAAUUUCUGUUCCAUGGUCAGAUCACAAAACUCAUAACUGUGUCUUAUGUCAUAAUUAUGAGUUCUGUGGGAUAGAGGUGUGAUGGAUUUGGAUUCGUUGAGUACUUUGAAUAGAAGCAGAAAGAAAGGGGAAUUCAAAAUAAACGAUACUCUCCCUGGUGUUGAUGUUGUGAACUAGUGACAAAUACAUUGGUUAUUUUGGUAGUCAUUAAUGAGUGUUUAUUUCUGUCGCUGUUAUAUUUAUUUUUCUAGUGAAUUGGUGAAGAUUUUGUCGAUUAUCACUCUUUAUCGAUUUGAUGAGCGAUGCAGAUUCAAGUCGAAACUAUCAAUAACUAUACGCCCUGCAAUAGACUUGUGGAUAAAAAGACCUCGGUGCUGUGAGAUAAUUUUCAUUGUUUUCCGCCAGUUAUAUCAAGUUAUAUUUGUGUUUUAUAUAAUUUUUUUCUUUCUAUUUAUUUGUGAGUUAAUAGGGAUUAUUGUAAAUUUUAUAUAUCCUGCAGAUGGACAGUGUCAUGGGUGAUUUCACGAACUCAGAUACUGUAUAUGGGAUCUUGGAGUCCAACUUGAUAUAGCUCAUAUCAUUCAGAGUUUUGAAUAGGAAUUUACGAGUUGAAUGUUGGAAAUUCUAGGUGAUAACUGUAAAUGGUUUAGUAUCUAUUGAUAUAUACUUCUCAUUCGGCAUAAUAUAUAUAAUCUCGUUUGAAUAAUGCAAUAUAUAAUUGUUAAUGAAAUAAAAUCUAACCAGUAACCUAACCUAGCCAAAGCUAGUUUCAACUAAUGAAUUCGCAACAUAUGCUAUCAUUUUCUCAAUCGCACCAUUCGAACUAACUUAGGCAACGUUAAUUAAGGUUGAAGUAAGAUCUCUAUACACUGGUAUAGCGACUCAGGUGUAGAAUUUUCAUGCAAAUCUGUCCCAUAAUAUGGUUCACUCGAUUUCAUCUACGUGGGCUGUUUAAAAAAAGCUAGAUACCGUUAACAUCGUUGUCUGUGUGAUGAUACACUGUUAUGUAUUGUAAUAAAAGUUCCCAGAUUCCUUUGAAUUACUUUUGUGAAUCAAUAACAUCUGGAAUAAUCAACGAUGUUUAUGAUAAGCACGUUUGCUUGUUUGUUAACUUUAUGGUAAAUAUUUCAUUUCAAGUGAUAAUACUACAUUUAUAUGAAUAUUCUUUAGUGAUAUUGAAUAAUAAUAGAUUAUUCAUUAAAUUGUUGUAUUGUUAAACAAGAAUAAUAGACGAAAUCAUUUACAUGGG